AUGGGGGCAGCGGCGGAGGUUGGGAGCUUCGUCAACGGGUUUCUGGACAGCUUUGGCCCCGCGGGUGCAGCUCCGGCUCCCGUUGGCUCUCAUUUCGUUCUCACCCCAGCCGGGGCGGUGGACUACAACUCGGUGACCGGACUGAUGAUGGGGGGACAGGGGCAGCAGCAGGAGCACCUGGUGUCUGCGGAGAGACUGUCCCGGAGCCUGGCGGACCUCAGCCAUCUGAAGGGGAUUCUGAGGCGGCGGCAGCUCUACUGCAGGACCGGCUUCCACCUGGAGAUCCGUCCUGACGGCACCGUGCAGGGCACCAGAAAGGACCACAGCAGAUUCGGUAUUCUGGAGUUCAUCAGUCUAGCUGUGGGACUGGUUAGCAUCAGGGGGGUGGACAGUGGCCUCUACCUCGCCAUGAACAGCAAGGGAGAACUGUACGGAUCGGAGAAGCUCUCAGCAGAAUCCGUCUUUAGAGAGCAAUUUGAAGAAAACUGGUACAAUACCUACUCAUCUAACAUAUAUCGGCAUGGAGAAAAAGGUGCAUUUUACUUUGUUGCUCUGAACAAAGAUGGGACAUCCCGGGAUGGAACGAGGUCGAGGCGACAUCAGAGGUUCACUCAUUUCCUACCGAGGCCUGUCGACCCGGAUAGAGUACCAGAGCUAUACAAGGACAUACUGGGCCAGAGCUGAGACUGUAGGACCUUGUCAGAGCGGAAAAGCAACCCAAGUGCACCUAAUCCUAACCCCUUCUUGAGGGAGAUGGAAAAUGUUGUUGAUCUGUACAAAAUGGGAUCAUAAAAAGUGCACAAAAUCAACACUCCCCACCAAUGGCGUGGAGGAAGGAAACUAGCCGGGGAGUUUGACUGAACAGCACCAGGGAUCUUCUGUGGAAGAUGUGAAGGCCCCAUGACAGAUAUAGACAGCUGGGCCCCUAAUAUUGUCCCUUUACCGGCUUAUGCAGAAGCCGGGGUGGUCAAACAGAUGAUUUUUUGAAUUUUGUUUGAAUUUCCACUAGUUAAAUCCAACUACCUGCUAGUCUAAACUGCAUGUUCAAGAGGACAAAAGUGUGGGAAGUACUAGGGGAGAUUAACAACUGGCUGCUAGUAGCUUUUUACUGCUGUGGCUGGAGAGUCUUGUCCAUUAAGCUGUUUCAGUUAUUUUAUUCAAAACACUAUUGUGGCUGCUAAGUAAAUGAUUUAUUAAAAUGCUUAUGUGGCUGGUUUACACAAAAAGGUAGUUUCAUGCACUGGAAAUCAGCCAUGUCUGUUGUGGGAAUCGGGUCUUAAUCGGACUGACUGUUGAGAUCGCAUGGAUGGAUUCACUUUGAAACUGCUUCAAAGAGGGAUGCUGCUCAGAAAAUAUGACUUUUCUACAAAGUGCAUGAGAAACAAGAGAAGAAGAAUGGAUUCAAUGGAGUGUAAUAAGGACUUCUUCUGUGGUGUCUUGUGGCGGAAUACUGCGUGUUCUGUUGGAACUCUUGAGACUCAUUGUAGAAUCCAGUGAAGGAAUUCUGUAGCGCCCCCACUGACUGCAGUCCAACAACGAGCACGGGACCGACAAAGAUGCCUUUAAAAACCUGUUGACAGAUUGUAUUCUUAUUUAUGAGUUUUUGUUUCCUAGGACAUACAGUAUAUUUAUUUCAUAUAUUUAUUUAU